AUGGCUUCCAACAAGGUGUCUACAACCAUUACAUUCCGGUCACCCGGCACUCAGCCGCCACUCUUUAUCGCUGGCUCUUUCUCUGAGCCAGAAUGGCAACCUCAGGAGAUGGACUGCACCACCGGUGCUGAUGGAGAACAUGUCUUCACCAAAGAAAUCUCGGGUGUACCCGGAUCCAAGGUAGUCUACAAGUUCCGCAUCGGCUUGGGCGACUGGUGGGUCCUUGACGAAGGUGCGCCCACCGUCACAGACAGUUCUGGAUUCAGAAACAACGAGUUGGAGUUCCAACACCCGCCAAAGGAGGAACCCAAGCACGACCUUCCCAAAGACGAGGCGACCGCAGAGGAGAAUGCCCCGCAAACAAAUGGAACCACCCAACAUCAUGUAGACCCUUCCGAGAUUAAGGAGGAGGCUUCCAAGGCUGAGACUGCUCCCGAGGUUGAGGCUUCCCAAGAAAAGGAAACCGUUACAACAGUCACGGCAGUCUCAGAGACAGGGGGCCCUCCGGAGCACGAUGUUGUUCUCAAGGUUGUGGAUGUAUCCACCACCGACGCGCCUGCCGCAAAGGAUGCUGCCCAUAGUAAUGCUGAUGUAAAGGACAACACUCCGGCAAAGGACGAGUCUACCUCGGAGGCUCACACCGAAACCAAGGUCCAUGCCCCUUCGACUACUGAGGCUACCUUGAAGGAUGAAGCACUCUCGGAAGAAGAGGACAAGACCAAGACCAAGGAUUCUACAGAGAGCAACGUUGCGCCCAUCGAGGUCUCAACAUCAGCCGAGGCUCCAUCAUCCCCUGAGACACCUUCUAAGGAGGAGGAGACCGCCCCAGAGGAGACCAAGGUCGAGACGGCAACCGUGGUUGAGGAGAUCAGCUCGAAGCCGGAAGACUCUCAACAUCAGAAAGCGGCCGCGAAGGAAGAAGUCCCCGCCCGCAAGACUGCUCCAGAGGCCGAGUCGGCAACCAAGGAGUCUCCUGCUGCUGAAAAGGAAACCUCUGCUGAGCCUACAGUUGAGAAUGAAGAGACUAAGAUCGAGGAGCCCACCGUGGUCGACGUCGAGCAGAAGAAGGAAGCCGAGACGGAUGCGGAAUCGCCCGUCGAGAAGGCUGAUGUGAAGAAGGAGAGCACCUCGCCAGUUGAGACAGAAGAGGAAGCCACUCCAGCUGAAGACACUGUCUCCGCUGCUCCAGAGGCCGAGACCACUCCCGAGGCUGAGGCAACCCUGAAGGAGGAAACUCCUGCCAAGGACACCGAGUCCAAGGAGGUCAACCAGAGCAAAGACCUUUCCCACGAUACGCCUGCCCCGGAAUCUGUUUCCAAGGACCAGGAGACAGUCGCGGCUGGAGUUACAGUGUCAGAGAAAGACCUCCCAGAGGCCGAGACCGUUUCGAAGGACGAGACCUCUCUGGCGGAAACAGAAAAGGAGGAGUCUGCGCCCACUCAUGAAGAUAAGGUUCAGAAGGACACCUCAAAUACAACUGAGGAACAGCCUACUGAGAAGGAGACUGCCCCUGAAGAGGAGGCCACUGAGGAGAAGAUAACCAAGGAGACUUCGGAAAAGCCCGCCCACGAGGACGAUACCAAGGACAAGGCCACUCAGGAGACUGCUCACGAGGAUACCCAAACCGACGAUGAGGUUACUCAACAGACUACUCAGGAUGAGAUUACCCAACAGACGACCGAGGAAGAAUCCACACAGCAGACAACCCAGGAGGAUGUCGCUGAGGAAGUCCACGAAGCCGUGGCUACCAAGGACAACGUGGAAGUGAAGGAGGACACCACCCCUCAGAAGACCGAUCUUAAAGAAGAGGCCCAUCCAAUCGCUGAGUCCAAGGAGGAGGCCACUGAGAAGGAGGAUGUCGAGGAACAUACCGUUCAUGAGACUGCUCAAGAGGAACACCCCACCAAGGAGUCUGCUCCUGAGGAGGGUGCGUCGGAGAAGGCUCACGAGGAGGAAACUCUCGCCAAGACCUACGCAGCUGCUGCUCAUGAAGCUCUAGAGGCCGAGGCUUCUCAAGAGUCUACUGAGGCUGCUCAGGAAGCUGAGGCCCCUCCGACCGAAGAGACUGCUCCGGCGGUCGAGACGGCUCCGGUUGCAGAGGAUUCUGAAGCUAAUAAGGCUGCCGUGGCGACCGAAGGUGCUCCUUCUAAGGAGAUUGCUCCCGCUGUCGAUGUUGCUCCUGUUGAGAAGGCCGCCCCCGUUGAGGACAGCGCUCCAGUCGAGAAGGUCACCUCGGUGUCUGAGGAAGCCGCUCCUGCUGCCGAGGCCACCCCCGCUGCUGAGACUGUCACGGUUGCUGAGGAGACUACUCCUGCCACUGAGACUGCUCAUGUUGAGGAGUCUACUGGUGCCUCUGAGGAUACUUCUGCCAAGCCGGCUCCUGUGGAGGCCGCCCCUGUCUCUGAAGAGCUUUCCGGUGAAAAGGCCGCUUCCACCGAAGAAACUGCUCCUGUUAUUCAUGCUGCCCCUGUUGAGACCGCUGCAGUUGAGGAGGCCACUCCUGUCGAGGAUGCUGAACCUGUCCAGGCUACCUAUGCUGAGGCCGUCAAGGCCACCGAUGCUGAGGAGCCCGCUCCUGUUAAGGAGACUGAGCCUGUCGAGGAGACUACUCUCGAUAAGGCUGCACCUGCUGAAGAGGCUACUCCUGUUGCGGAGGAUGCUGCUGAGCAACCCGGGCCUGUCGCUAAUGCGGCCAAGGAGAUCCUCGGCCGCUCGGAGCCUGUUACCGAGUCGCAGUCCGGUGCCGUCACGCCAAAAUUUGCCAGGACUGCGGCGGAGGUCGCUGAUUCUGCUGCACUCCUUAACGAAGGAACACCUGAGGAUCGUGUCUCCGAUGAGGAGGCUGGAAAGACUGGUUUCCGUCGCCUGUCUGCCACGCCCAUUGCCGAAGUUUCGGAAACUGCCGCGGAGGUCGCUGAUGUCGCCAAGGACUUGGACGAACCCGCUGCUGAAGUUGCUGACACUGCUGCCGAAGUUGCUGAUACCGCGAAGGACUUGGAUACGCCCGCUGCGGAGGUUGCCGAUACCGCUGCGGAGGUCGCUGAUACUGCAAAGAACUUGGACACCGGGACCACGGAGACUGACCACUCCGAACUCCCCACCCCUGCCGAGGACGGACCCCACAACCCUGCUCUUUUCUCACAUGAGUGCGCCGAACGCUUCCCAUCCAACCGCGAGGAGAUCAUCGAUACUGUCCGGAAGCUUGAGACUGGUCUCGAGGCCGACCAGGUUCUUAUCGAGGACGCGCCUCCGUCACCUAUCAUCGGCUCGACAACUUCACGAAGGGAGUCCGAGGUAUCCCACGACACCGUUCUCGGCGCGAGCGUGAUCCCCCGCACCGUAAAGAGGCUAGAGGUUCCCCAUUCGCCUCGUAUCUCCGUCAGCUCGGCUCAGUCAUCGGCCUUGUCGCUGCAGUCGAUUUCGGAGAGCGAUGAGCCGGCCAGCAGCAAGGAGGAUGAUAGCUCAACUGUUCAGCUUUCACCUCCCCACAAGACGGCGACGGCAGGCGAAGCUACCCCUCGGGAGGUUGUCGAGGAUGAAGGAAUCUCUCUAAGCCCGGACUCGCCGAAGAAGACGGAGCCCACUGAAGAUCUCACCACCAAGACGCUGGAGUCUCAGGUGCAGGAUAUUCCCGAUGUCUCGGCGCACGCUGUUUCGGUCGAGGCGCCUGUCGAGCCUACAGUUCAGGAAGAACAAGCACCUAAGGAUCCUAAGCCCACAGCAGCUGAGGAUGCCAAGCCCACAAACGGCCUCCUUCCCAGCCCAGAGGUUGUCGCUGAAACCACGGAACGUUCCUUCAAGCCCUCUCAACCCACUGCUCAGGAGAGCACCGACGAGCCCGCUGCUGCCUCGGAUGCUACCGGUGCUGGUGUCGGUAGCGAGGCCGAGGCAUCGGCCACAGCAAUAGGCGCGGACAAAGACAACGCCAACACAGUGAGAAAGAGAGGCGGACAGGGAACACAGGCCAGCUCGCCGCCGCCCAACGAUGCCCCAGUCAUCAAGCAGGACCCGAAGAGCGGAUGGUUCACGACCUUCUGCAAGUUGAUCAUUGUGGACUUCAUCGGCGGUAUCCUGAGCCGAAUUGCGGGCAACCGCAAAAGACAGACGUAA